CUCUUCAGCGAGUUCCUGACGCGUCCGCAAGACUUCCUGGACGGCGAUCUCUUCGGUGCCCCUGUGCCUCCAGGCCAGAGCGACUUUGCCCUCCCAACCCUGCCCAAGGCCAAGAGCUUCAAGCGAGUCGGCUUCGUUAAAAGCAAGCCGGUCUUGGAUCGCUCAGCUCUGGCCGCGUCCAAAAUCACCACUGGCUCGGGUCUGACUCUCCGAUCUGGAAAACGCGUCGCACUCUACCAAAAGUCGCUCGAGCCCAAGGUCAUGGUGCCGUUCGAGUCCAAGCCCGGACAGACGCCCCGCAAGAUCGAAAUUGAGCGCAAGAAGCGCAUCUUUUCUGUCCAGCGCGUCGAGCGCCUGAUUCUCCAAGAAUUCAAUGAGCAGUCCAAGCACGACCGUCUCCUCAAGACCCUCGACAAUGCCUUUUUCCAGCCGGCACCGGAUCCCGAGGUCGCGGAGGGGAGCACCACCGCGAUCAGCGCCGUUCCUGAAAAGGCACCACAAGUCCCCGCGCGUAACGACUACGUGCGCAUGCUGGAUCUUCAUUUUUUCGACGACAGCGAGUUCGAUCCACGGAUCAAUGAAGAGUGGCUCGACAUGACCAACAGCCCAUUUGUCCACUCCGCUGAGCCUCCGGUCGGGGCGCCCGUUCAGUCCGGCGACGUCUAUCGCAGCUGCGCCGUUCCGGUCCCAGCCAAAGCUCAAGAUCAGCCUGGCGAAUGGCGGGACUGCGUCGUACUUGGAUUCCACCCCCGUGUCCAGAUGUGGAAGAUCAAAUGGAAGCGUAGAGACGGCUGGGACAUCCCCUCCGACGCCGAUGUUGAUGAGGACGAUGAUGACGACGAUGACGACGACGAGGAGGAGGAUCCCGGGCUCGGCGGUCCCGGAACUCACGCUGAUGUCACUGUUCUCUUCAAUCGCAGAGUGAACCUGAUGUUCUUGGCCGAGGAUCCGUUCAACUUCUCCAAGCGUGUCAUUCAGGCCCACAGACUGCGUGCUGAAACGAUUCUUCAGCUGCAAUACAACUUUUAUGUUGACUGCAUGCCGAUCGAGAACUCUAUCCAGCUUUCUCCGCCACAGCUUUCCAAAAUAACCUCGGUCGCCACCAGUAAUGGAGCAAAGUACAGGAGGGUCCUCGACCCGGGAAACCCCGCCGGCGCCAGGCUCUUGAACGAGAUCCGUCUGGAUUACUCGCGAGCGAUGAACAAGGAACUGUUUGAUCGGGUGGUGAGAUCCAAUCCAAACAGCGGCAUUUAUGCCAGUCUGACACUCCCUCCAACCCCAACUCCCAAACCGAUACCAGAAUAUGCCACCGCCUGGGUUCCGCGAUACGACUUUGACAAGUACCAGAAGCAAUUCUCUUUUUCGUCUCUCCUGACCAAGCCCGAGGUCAUCAAGACCAUGACAAAGAUCCGAAUCGAGUCUGACAAGCUCUGGGUGACAGGGCUCUUCGUCACCAACAUCACCAAGAUCGUCAAGAUCGACGAGUUUGAGCAGAUGCAAAAUCAGUCCUUGCAGAACAUCAAAUCUUUCCUGAAGGACAGCUGGCUGACCACCCUGAAGACUAUUAUCAAAAUCGGAUUCAAGGACGUUGGAAAGGGAUGGUACAACAUGCAAGAGAGCAAUAUGGAGGUCUACAAAAUCUCCAAGCUGCGCAAGUUCAUGACCUCAGUCAAGUUCAUCAUGCAAGAUUCGAUCCGCUUCAUGGUCCUCAACUCCAUGGCUGACUUUAUCAAGAUGAUCGCAACCGUCAGCACCCAGAAGGUGUUCAUCAACGGCACAAACGAGGUCAAGAUUGUGGACAACGAGAAGCCGACGAAUAUUGCUUCCUCCGCCGCUGCUGCUGCGCCUGGCGCUUCCGAAAACAACUCCAAGAAGCCUCUCUUCAUGAUCGACAUGGUCUUCCGUCAGGGCAAAGUGACCUACGCCACGGAUCUGUCCAUGUACGAACACGCAAUUCUCACCUGCUUUGACAAGGCCUUGUCGGUUGUUGAAGGUAUCCCAGAGCUAGAGCCCAUCGUCAUGGAUCAAAUCUUCUGGGCAACCAAGCCCAUGAUUCAGACCCCGCAUGCCACCGAGCCCUAUAUUCGGUCACAGCGCCAAAUCCUUGUCCAAGCCAUCCACCACGGCAUGGUCCCGCUUGAGCAGUAUAUCCGGCAGUACGACAAGCAUCUCAAGCUCCUCAACCUCGAUAUUGCCCAGUACAGCCAGGAGUACGAGGCCGAGGAUCGCUCCGUCGAGCAGAUGGAGCGCGACAUUAUCCGACAUAUGCAGGACUGGGAGAUCCUCGACAAAAACAUCCCCAGCCACAUCAACUUGGGUCUAUUCUGGGUCAGCUGCGAAUCGAUCCGCUCGGCGAUGCGCAAGGACCUCGCCCGCGUUGUCCUCGACAUCCUUUCGAAAAAGACGGCCAAGCAAGCGCAGAACAUUGCCCAGGCGUUCUCACAGGUGCAGCAGCGACUCAAGGACAAGCCUCUCAAGAUCGAGGAGCUCACAGAGCUGCGCGAGUACAUGAAGACUGUGCCAGAUGUCUGCCGAGCCCAGAAUGGACAGAUCCUCGAGAUGCUGCACAACUUUGAGAUCCUUGAGAAGUAUCGGUACGAGCUGUCGAACGAAGACUUCAAGGCCAAAUGGAGUGCAUAUGCUUGGCCGAUGAAGAUCGAGGAUCUUGUUCGUGUCACCGAGGCAUCCCUUGAGGUGGACGAGGCGGCCUUCCUGCGAAACCUAGUCACCGACCAGGAAGUCUUCAAGGAGCGUCUCAGCAACCUCGGCACCGUCAUUGCCGAGUUCUCCAAGCACACGGACAUUGCGCGCAUCAACGAGAUUGUUUCAGAGGUGCACAAAGUCUCGAUCGAGCUGAAGGAGUGCCAGAAUCUCAUCACCUUGUUCAACUCACGCGAGCGACUCUUCAACAUGGAGGUCACCAAGUACGACGAGUCGGCCAACUAUUCCAAAGACUUUGAGCCAUACAAAAUCCUAUGGACCACCGCGAGCGACUGGCUGAAAUGGAAGCACCAGUGGCUCAACGGCUCGUUUCUGGAGCUCAAUGCCGAAGAAGUCGAAAAGAACCUCACCAACGCCUGGCGCAACAUGUUCAAGUCCGUCAAGACCUUCAAGAACGACACAGGCUGUCUGGCCGUCGCCACCCAAGUCAAGGACGAGAUGGACCAGUUCAAGCCGUAUCUCCCUCUGAUCCAGGCCCUGCGCAACCCGGGCAUGCGCGAUCGUCACUGGGACAAGCUCUCCGAGGACCUGGGCAUCAAGCUCCGUCCCGACGCCGACUUUACGCUGACAGAUGUGCUGAACCUGAAGCUGCUCGAGCGAGUCGACACCAUCACCAAGGUCUGCGACAUUGCCGGCAAAGAGUACUCGAUCGAGGCCGCCCUGGACAAGAUGGAUGCCGAGUGGCGAAGCAUCCAGCUCGACAUUCUUCCAUACAAAGACACCGGAACGUUCAUUAUGCGCGCGUCUGAAGAGACGGUGCGCUUGCUCGACGACCACAUUGUCAUGACGCAGUCGAUGAGCUUCUCGCCUUUCAAAAAGCCCUUUGCCGAGCGCAUCACUCUUUGGGAGUCCAAGCUCAAGACCGUCCAGGAAGUGCUGGAGGCUUGGAUGCAGUGCCAGCGCUCGUGGCUCUAUCUCGAGCCAAUCUUUGGCUCGGACGACAUUGUCACACAGUUGCCUGUCGAGAGCAAGCGCUUCACUACCAUGGAUCGCAACUGGCGCCGUAUAAUGGCCCAGGCGAAGGGAAAGCCAGGCGUUGUCGAGUUUUGCUCGGAUUACAAGCUUCUGGACUCGUUCCGCGAAUGCAACAAGCUGCUUGAGCUCGUGUCCAAAGGCCUUUCGGCAUAUCUUGAGAGCAAGCGCAUCGCGUUCCCGCGCUUCUUCUUCCUCUCCGACGACGAGCUCCUGCAGAUUCUGUCGCAGACCAAGGACCCGACUGCUGUACAGCCGCACCUCCGAAAGUGCUUCGAGAACAUUGCGUCGCUCGAGUUCCUUCCCGACAAACAAAUCGUGGCCAUGUUCUCAGCCGAAGGAGAGCGCAUCAACCUGGCCGAGCCGUUCUAUCCCAAGGGGCCGGUCGAGGAGUGGCUGCUCAGGGUCGAGGACCAAAUGCGCAAGAGUGUCAAGAAAGUCAUCAUGGAUGGUCUCGCAAGCUACCACCAAAAAGCUCGCACCGAAUGGGUGCUUGAGUGGCCCGGACAGUGUGUGCUGUCAGCCAGCCAGACAUACUGGACGAAAGAGGUCUCGGAUGCGCUCAAGACGGGCAAAGCCGGUCUGCUUGACCUCUUGAAAGUCCUCUUGGAUCAGUUGCAGGGUCUUGUAAAUCUCGUGAGAGGCGACCUUUCGUUCCUGAACCGCUUGGUGCUUGGCGAUUUGAUUGUGAUUGACGUGCACGCUCGCGAUGUUGUCAAGAAGCUCAUCGACUCCAACGUCGAAAACGAGAAUGACUUUGAAUGGAUCAGCCAGCUGCGCUACUAUUGGGAAGACAACGAGCUGCGCGUCAAGAUUGUCAACGCCAACUUCAAAUACGGUUAUGAGUAUCUCGGAAACACAGGCCGACUGGUUAUAACGCCACUGACCGAUCGCUGCUACCUGACCCUGACGGGAGCAAUCCACCUUGGCAUGGGUGGCGCGCCGGCUGGACCCGCCGGCACUGGCAAGACGGAGACAACCAAAGAUCUGGCCAAGGCGCUGGCCAAACAGUGUGUUGUGUUCAACUGCUCGGAUCAGCUGGAUUAUUUGGCCAUGGCCAAGUUCUUCAAAGGGCUGGCGGCAUCAGGAGCCUGGGCUUGCUUUGACGAGUUUAACCGCAUCGACAUCGAGGUGCUCUCGGUGAUUGCUCAGCAGAUCAUGACCAUCCAGAAGGCAUGCGCAGCUGGAGUGACCAAGUUUGUCUUUGAGGGGGUUGAGCUCCCUCUGGAUGCCACCAAUGCAAUCUUCAUCACCAUGAACCCUGGAUACGCUGGCCGCACCGAGUUGCCGGAUAACCUCAAGGCACUAUUCCGACCGAUGGCGAUGAUGAUUCCCAAUUACGUCAUGAUCGGCGAAAUCAGCAUGUUUUCGUUCGGUUUCUCGAACGCCAAGGUGCUGGCCGAGAAGAUGGUGGCGACCUUCAAACUGUCGUCCGAGCAGCUCUCGUCGCAGGAUCACUACGACUUUGGAAUGCGCGCCGUCAAAUCCGUCAUUUCCAGUGCAGGCAAUCUCAAGCGAGAGCAGCCCAACACUCCUGAGGACUUGAUCCUGCUGAGAGCCCUCUGCGACUCCAACCUCCCAAAGUUCCUCGCAGAUGACGUCCCGCUCUUCAACGGCAUCAUCUCGGACCUGUUCCCUGGUGUCGUGAACCAGCCGAUUGACUAUGGCGCCUUGCUCGAGUCGAUGAAGAAGAUGUGCGACAAGCUCGGCCUCCAGCCCGAGGAGCCUUUCAUCAAAAAGUGCAUCCAACUGUAUGAAACAACGAUUGUUCGUCACGGACUGAUGCUCGUCGGACCCACUGGCGGCGGAAAGACUUCGUGCCUGAUGGUGCUCUCAAAAGCCAUGUCGGCCUUACAAGGCGUGACUGCACCGAACGGCAAGCCGUUCGAAAAGGUCCGCGUGCACAUCCUCAACCCAAAGUCCAUCACCAUGGGCCAGCUGUAUGGCGAGUUUGACCAGCAAACGCACGAAUGGAGCGAUGGUAUCCUAUCGUGCUUGAUGCGCGAGGGUGUCGAAGAUACCACAAGCGACAAAAAAUGGUACGUCUUCGACGGCCCCGUCGACGCCGUCUGGGUCGAGAGCAUGAACACACUCCUGGACGACAACAAGAAGCUGUGUCUGUCGAGCGGCGAAAUCAUCAAGAUGGCCAACACCCAAACCAUGAUGUUUGAGGUAGAGAAUCUGAUCUACGCUUCGCCUGCAACGGUGUCUCGCUGCGGGAUGAUCUAUAUGGAGCCCGGGGCGCUUGGAAUCGAUCCCCUGAUCAGAUCAUGGAUCACGAAGCAAGAAAAGGACAUGCCGCCGCCCUUUGCGGCCGUCUUUAGCAAGAAAAUUCUCGAGUACUUCAGCCAGUACCUCGAGAGCUCGCUUGACUUUCUGCGCAAGAACCUCAAGGAGGGCGUUCCGACGACCAACGGCAAUCUGGCUCAGAGCCUGAUGCGAAUCCUGCAGUGUUUGAUGCUGCCGGUGAUCCGGGGUGAUCCAGAAUCCACGGCAUCGGUCGCGGAGCGAGCGGCCGAGUUCAAUGAUGUCAUCGAGCCGCUAUUUCUAUUUUCGCUCGUCUGGUCGGUGGGCGCAACGACAGACGCCGAUGGCCGCAAAAAGUUUGACCUUUGGCUGCGCGAGAAGAUGAAGGAGCACACGGCCGAACACAAGCUGCCCGACACGGGCACGGUGUACGAUUAUAUGUUCUCGAUCGAGAAGAAGGCCUGGAUCGUUUGGAUGGAAACUAUCCCAGAGUUCCAGAUCACCCAAAAGUCCAACAUGAGCGACGUGAUUGUCCCGACGAUGGACACGGUGCGCAACACCUAUCUGCUCGACAUUCUCCUCCGCAACAACUUCCACAUCAUCUCGUGUGGUCCAACAGGAACGGGCAAGUCCGUGACCAUCCAGGAGAAAAUCAUCAAGAACAUGGAGUCGAGCUUCAUGCCGCUGAUCUGCAACUUCUCGGCUCGCACCAGCGCCAACCAGACGCAGGACCUGAUCGACUCCAAGAUGGAGAAGCGCCGCAAGGGCGUGUUUGGUCCACCCGUCGGCAAGCGGUUUGUAAUCUUUGUGGACGACCUCAACAUGCCCGCGCUCGACAUUUGCGGCGCCCAGCCUCCCAUCGAGCUCCUGCGACAGUGGAUGGACUGCAACGGCUGGUACGACCGCAAGAACAUCGGCAAGUUCAUGGAGAUUGUGGAUUUGGUCUUUGUCACGGCCAUGGGCCCUCCCGGCGGUGGUCGCAACCCUGUGACGCCGCGGUUCAUGCGCCACUUCAACAUGCUGUCCUUUGUGGAGAUGGAGAACAUUUCGCUGCACCGGAUCUACUCCACGAUCUUGGGGGCGUUCCUGCAAAAGUUCCCGCCCGAGAUCCAGAAGGAGUGCGACCCCAUCAUCGACUCGUCCAUCCACAUCUACAACACCAUCCGCGCCGAGCUCCUGCCGACGCCGGCAAAGUCGCACUACACGUUCAACCUGCGCGAUCUCUCCAAGGUCAUCCAGGGCCUGCUCUCGGCCGACGUCAAGACGGUCAACUUCGAGACCGACAUUGUGCGACUGUGGAUUCACGAAUGUCAGCGCGUGUUCCAGGACCGUCUCGUGGAGCAGAACGACAAGACGUGGUUCAUGAAUCUGGUCAAGGGCACCAUGAACGACAAGCUCAACAUGAGCUGGAAAGAGGUGGUUACCAUCGAGCCGCUCCUGUACGGCGACUACAUGACCCCGGGCGCCGACCCAAAGAUAUAUGUCGAAAUCAAGGACAUGCGCAAGCUCGUCAAGGUUGUCGAGGAGUAUCUCGACGACUACAACUCCACGACAACGAGCCCGAUGAAGCUCGUCAUGUUUUUGGACGCCAUCGAGCAUGUCUCGCGGAUCUGCCGCAUCAUCCGGCAGCCCAUGGGCAAUGCCCUGUUGCUGGGAGUCGGCGGCUCUGGUCGCCAGUCGCUCUCCCGACUCGCAACGUUCAUGGAGGAGUACGAGCUCUUCCAGAUCGAGAUCUCCAAGAACUAUGGUCAAACGGAAUGGAAAGACGAUCUCAAGAAAGUCAUGUUCUGGGCCGGGCUCGAUAGCAAGCCGACCUCGUUCCUAUACUGCGACACGCAAAUCAUCAGCGAGUCCUGUCUCGAGGACAUCAACAACAUCCUCAACGGCGGCGAUGUCCCCAACAUUUAUACCGGCGAGGAGAUUGACCGCAUUUUGACAGCCAUGAGGCCGAUAGGCGCCGACCUGGGACUCACCCCUACCCGCGAGAAUCUGUUUUCGCUGUAUGUCAGCCGCGUCCGCCAGAACCUGCACAUGAUCAUCUGUAUGAGUCCCAUCGGCAACGCCUUCCGGAAUCGCCUGCGAAUGUUUCCCUCGCUCGUCAACUGUUGCACAAUCGACUGGUUCUCAACCUGGCCGGAAGAGGCCCUCAAGUCUGUGGCCGCAAAUUCAAUUGCCGAAAUCAGCGAUCUUGGUUCGGAAAUGGUGAUCGACGGCGUCGUCAGCCUCUGUGUGGUGAUGCACGAGUCCGUGCGGGAGAAAUGCACCCAGUAUCGCACCGAACUCAAUAGGUACAACUACGUCACUCCAAAGAGCUACCUCGAGCUCCUGGGUCUCUACAAGCGUCUGUUGGAUAAGAAACGAAACGAGGUCUUGGCCUUGCGGAAGCGCACCGCAACCGGCCUCGAGAAGCUGCUCAAUGCGACGAAGGAAGUCGAGAUCCUGCAGGAGGAGCUCGAAGCUAUGCAGCCGAUGCUUCUGCAAACAUCGCAGGAGACCGAGUAUGCCAUGCGCAAGAUUGCUGUCGACAAAGUCAAGGCCGAGGAAAUCAAGGAGAUUGUGCUCAAGGAGGAACAGUCUGCGUCCAAGAAAGCUGAGGAAACCAAAGCCAUUGCUGACGACGCCAAGAGAGACCUUGACGAGGCCCUGCCGGCCCUCGAUGCCGCUGUCGAGUCGCUCAACUCUCUAUCCAAGAACGACAUUAUUGAGGUCAGAAGUAUGCAGCGCCCGCCAGAGGGUGUGAAGCUGGUGAUCGAGGCGGUAUGCAUCAUGAAGCAGAUAAAGCCAAAGAAGAUUGACGGCGAUAAGCCAGGCAAAAAGAUCGAUGACUACUGGGAACCUGGCAAGGCUCUCCUCUCCGAGCCCCAAAAGUUCCUCGACUCGCUCUUCAACUUUGACAAGGAUAAUAUCCCCGAGCACAUCAUCACCAAGAUCAAGCCUUACAUUGACUCGCCCGAGUUCCAGGUCAGCGUCAUCUCCAGAGUCUCCAAGGCCGCCACGUCCAUGUGCCAGUGGGUCCGUGCGAUGGAAAAGUACUACUGGGUAUCGCGGACGGUCGAGCCCAAGCGCCAGCGGCUGGCCGAGGCACAAGAGUCGCUCGAUAUCACGAUGAAGCAGCUUGCCGAGCUCAAGAAAAAGCUGCGUGAGUCCGAGAUCAACAUCAAGGAAAUGGAGAAAAAGUACACCGAGUCCGUGGCCAAGAAGGAAGAGCUCUCGCGCAAGGUCGAGGAGUGUAACGUCAAACUGAGUCGGGCCGGCAAGCUGAUCUCAGGACUUGGUGGCGAGAAGCAGCGCUGGGCGAUGCAGGUCCACCAUUUUGACAUUCAGAUCAACAACGUCGUCGGUGACAUUCUCCUGUCGGCCGGCGCAAUCGCUUAUCUCGGGGCCUUCACGGCCGAGUACCGCGCGAGUCUGAUCAAGGAAUGGAUGGGGAGCCUGCUCCGGCUCAAGAUCCCACAUUCGGAGAGCGUGUCGCUCUGGGAUACUCUCGGCGACCACGUCAAGCUGCGCGAAUGGGAGCUAGCAGGGCUGCCCAAGGACAACCUCUCGCGGGACAACGGCCUCAUCGUUCAAAACUCGCGGCGAUGGCCGCUGCUGGUAGAUCCGCAGGGCCAGGCCAACAAAUGGAUCCGCAACCUCGAAAAGGACAACGGUCUGGAUAUCAUCAAGCUCACCGACCGCGACUUUAUACGCACGCUCGAGAACGCCAUCCGGUUCGGCAAGCCCGUCCUGCUCGAAAACGUGGCCGAGAAGCUUGACCCGGCACUCGAGCCGAUCCUCUAUCGCCAGACGUUCAAGCAAGGCGGCAACAUGGUCAUCAAGGUCGGCGACAGCAUCUUGCCCUACCACGACGACUUCAAGUUCUACAUCACCACAAAGCUCCCCAACCCGCACUACUCUCCUGAGACCUCGGCCACGGUCACUCUGCUCAACUUUACACUGGCUCCAUCAGGCCUCGAGGACCAGCUUCUGGCCAUGGUCGUGGCAAGUGAGCGGCCGGAUCUGGAGGAAGCCAAGAAUCAGCUGACCGUCAACAACGCACAGAUGAAGAAGGAGCUCAAAGACAUUGAGGACAAGAUUCUGUAUCUGCUGUCCUCAGUGCAGGGCAGUCCCGUUGACGACGAGCGGCUGAUCGACACCCUGGCGGCAUCUAAGGUCACCUCGGAGGAGAUUCAGUCCAAGGUCGCCACGGCCGAGCAGACCGAGAAGGAGAUCGACUCGACCCGCAACAAGUACACGCCCGUUGCCAUCCGCACCCGGAUUCUGUUCUUCUGCAUCACGGAGCUGGCGAGCAUCGACCCCAUGUACCAGUACUCGCUAGGGUGGUUCAUGAAUCUGUUCAUGGCCGCGAUCGCGCACUCGGAAAAGUCGGACGACAUUGACCAGCGUAUCGUCAACAUCAACGAGUACUUUACCUUCUCGCUCUUCUCGAACGUGUGCCGCUCGCUCUUUGAAAAACACAAGCUGUUGUUCUCGUUCCUCCUCAGCAUGCGCAUCUUGAUGAACGACGACAAGAUCGACAUGGACGAGUGGAAGUUCCUGCUGACAGGCAGCUGCGCCUCCGAAAAAUCCGGAGCGAAUCCAGCGCCCGACUGGCUCUCCCAACGCAGCUGGGCCGAGAUUCUGAUGCUGGCCUCGCUGCCGUCCUACAACACGCUCGAGCACGACUUUGCCGACUUUGUCGAGGACUUCAGGGUGAUCUUUGACUCGACCACCCCGCACAAGGAGAAGCUUCCUGGCCGCUGGGAAAACAAUCUGACGCAGUUCCAGAAGAUUCUGGUGCUGCGCUGUCUGCGCGCGGACCGAGUGACGGCCUCGAUCCAGGACUUUGUCGCGGCCCAGCUAGGCGAGCGCUUUGUCGAGCCGCAGACGUCGGACCUGUCGGCCCUGUACAAGGAAUCCAAUCCUACAACGCCACUGAUCUUUGUGCUCUCGCCGGGCACGGACCCAGCCAGCAACCUCUACAAGUUUGCCGAGGAGAUGAGGUUCACCAAGAAGCUGUUCGCGGUCUCACUCGGACAGGGCCAGGGACCAAGGGCCGAGGCGCUAAUCAAGGACGGCAUGGAGCGCGGCAUGUGGGUCCUGCUGCAGAACUGCCACCUGUCGCCCUCGUGGAUGCCGACACUCGAUCGCAUCAUCGACGGCAUCACCAUGGACAAGGUGCAUCGCGACUUUCGUCUGUGGCUGACGUCGAUGCCGACGCCAAAGUUCCCGGUGACGAUCCUGCAGAACGGCGUCAAGACGACGCUGGAGCCACCGAACGGCGUGAAGGCCAAUCUGAUGCGAACGUACUCCACCUUCAACGAGGACCAGCUCAACAGCUGUGCCAAGACGUUUGAAUGGAAGAAGCUGCUCUUUGCGCUCUGCUUCUUCCAUGCUGUGAUCCAGGAGCGCCGCAAGUUUGGUCCGUUGGGAUGGAACAUUCCUUACGAGUUUACCGACGGCGACUUGCGGAUAUGUAUCCGCCAGCUCAAGAUGUUCCUGGAAGAGUACAACGAGAUCCCCUUCAAGGUGCUCAAGUACACCGUCGGCGAGAUCAACUAUGGCGGGCGAGUCACCGACGACUGGGACCGGCGGCUGAUCAUGAGCAUUCUCGAGGAUUACUACUCUCCAAAGGCGCUCGACGACGGCUACCGGUUCAGUACCUCGGAGGUCUACUUCAGUAUCCCGGCAGAGGGAUACAACGCCUACAAGAACUACAUCAAGUCCCUGCCGAUCGACGAGACGACCGAGAUCUUUAGCAUGCACGACAACGCCAAUAUCACGUUCGCCCAGAAGGAGACGUAUUCGCUGUUUGAUCUGCUGCUGACGCUCAUGCCCAAGUCGACCAAAUUCGCCUCGGGCCAGACGCGCGAGGACAUCUUGCUCGAGACGGCAAUCUCGAUCCAGUCACGGAUCCAGCUGCCGUUCAACCUCGAGGCCAUCUCGAAAAAGUACCCAAUCGAGUACAAGGAGUCGAUGAGCACGGUGCUGACCCAGGAAGUCAUCCGCUACAACCGGCUGCUGGCCGUCAUCCAUUCGACCUUGACCGAGCUUCAGAAGGCCCUCAAGGGACUGGUGGUCAUGUCCGAGUCGCUCGAGACCAUGUCCAACAACAUCUUCAUCAACCAGGUCCCCGUGGUGUGGGCAGCCAAGGCAUACCCGUCGCUCAAGUCUCUGUCGUCGUGGGUGGUGGACCUGAUGGCGCGAUGCGAGUUUAUUCAGCGGUGGAUCGACAUUGGAAUCCCGACGGUCUUUUGGAUCUCUGGGUUCUUCUUCCCGCAGGCGUUCUUGACAGGCACCCUCCAAAACUUUGCCCGCAAGUACGUCGUGUCGAUCGACAUGCUGCAGUUUGACUUUAAGGUGAUCGACACGCGCUGGGAGGACAUCCAGAACAAGCCCAAUGACGGCUGCUACAUCCGCGGACUGUUCUUGGAGGGCGCUCGCUGGGAUCCUGGUCGCCGGUCGCUCGCCGAGAGCCGGCCCAAGGAGCUGUACACCGAGAUGAGCGUGAUCUGGCUGCUGCCAAAGGCGAAUCGCAAGAAACCCGAGAGCGGCAUCUACGACUGCCCUGUGUACAAGACACUGACACGAGCAGGCACUCUGUCGACGACGGGACACUCGACCAACUAUGUCCUCACCAUCGAGGUUCCCUCGGACCUGCCGCAGGCCCACUGGAUCAAGCGCGGAGUUGCAUUGGUGACAGGCCUGAGCUCAGGAUGGUAGACUGCACACUACUGCUUAAUAAUGAUCUGUCUGGCCACGGCUUGCAUGUUUGAUAUUGGAGCAAGAUGAAAAGAAAGAGGGGUUGGUGGGUCGGCAGGCAGGCUGUUGAGUGGUUCUGAUAUAUGAGCAAAGUGCGUGGC